CCACUCAGUCCGUCAGAGCGCGCCCGGGAGCGCGCAAUCACACACAGGUGCGCGCACCCGAGCCCCGGAGGAGAGGAGAUAUUCCAGCCAAACGGCUCCAAGUUGCGUCUUUUUGCUCCAACUUGUGCGUAUUUGACUCUUCGUGGCCCCCGAUGCGCGGAUUUUACCCCUCAUCGUCCCCGUCGCAGGUCCGAACUGAGGGAAACUCUGUUCUCGGGACCAAACUGGAGUCAGUGAAGUAAAAAAAACCCGCAAAGACGCGAGACGCACCGCGGGAAUCAUGGAUGAACGGAGUUAUUUUCGCCUUUUGUCCGCAGCUUUAUUCCACUUGGCUCUCUGGGGAUUUACAGGAGCGCAGUUCUUCCCAGGCGGCUGCACGUUUGAGGACUCGUACAGCAGCUGUGGGUACAGCGUGUCUCUGGGAACCAACGGGUUUACCUGGGAACAGGUGAACUCCUGGGAGAAGCCCACCAUGGACCCGGCCCUGCCCACCGGUUCCUUCAUGGUGGUGAACGCGUCGGGCCGAGCGUCGGGCCAGAAGGCUCACCUGUACAUGCCCACGCUGAAGGAGAACGACACACACUGCAUCGACUUCCUGUACUCGCUGUCCAGCCGGGACGGAGCUAGUCCCGGAACGCUCAACGUUUACAUCAAGGUGAACGGAGGAGCCCAGGGAAACCCGGUGUGGAACGCCUCGGACACCGUCACCGAGGGCUGGGUGAAGGCGGAGCUGGCCAUCUCUACGUUCUGGCCCAACUCCUACCAGGUCAUCUUUGAAGCCGUUUCCGUCCAGGGACAUCCGGGUUUCAUCGCCAUCGAUGACAUUCGAGUGCUGGCGCAUCCCUGCCGGAAGGCGCCGCACUUCCUGCGCCUGCAGAACGUGGAGGUGAACGUGGGCCAGAACGCCACGUUCCAGUGCACGGCGGGCGGGAAGUGGUCCCAGCACGACAAGCUGUGGCUGCAGCAGUGGAACGGGAAGGACACGGCGCUGAUGGUGACCCGGGUCGUCAACCACCGCCGCUUCUCGGCCACCGUCAGCGUGGGCGACACGUCGCAGCGCAGCACCAGCCGCUACCGCUGCGUCAUCCGCUCGGACGGAGGCUCGGGCGUCUCCAACUACGCAGACCUCAUCGUCAAAGCUCCGCCCACGCCCAUCGCCCCCCCCGAGCUGCUGGCCGUCGGCGCCACCUACCUGUGGAUCAAGCCCAACGCCAACAGCAUCAUCGGGGACGGGCCCAUCAUCCUGAAGGAGGUGGAGUACCGCACCACCACGGGGAACUGGGCCGAGACCCACGUGGUGGACUCCCCCACCUACAAGCUCUGGCACCUGGACCCCGACGUGGAGUACGAGAUCAAGGUGCUGCUGUCCAGGCCCGGGGAGGGGGGCACGGGGCCCCCGGGGCCGCCGCUCGUCACCAGGACCAAGUGUGCAGAUCCGGUCCACGGCCCCCAGAGCGUCAACGUGGUGGACGUCCGGGCCCGCCAGCUCACCAUCCAGUGGGAGACGUUCGGCUACGCCGUGACGCGCUGCCACAGCUACAACCUGACGGUGCAGUACCAGUACGUGUUCAACCAGCAGGAGUUUGCGGCCGAGGAGCUGAUCCAGACGUCGUCUCACUACACGCUGCGGGGCCUGAGGCCGUCGGUGACGGUCCGGCUGCGGCUGGUUCUGGCCAACGCCGAGGGCAGCAAGGAGAGCGAGGAGAUCGUCAAGCAGACGGAGGAGGACGUUCCCGGCUCGGUUCCCGUGGAGUCGCUCCAGAACACGCCGUACGAGGAGAAGAUCUUCAUGCAGUGGAAAGCUCCCAACGAGACCAACGGGGUCAUCACGCUGUACGAGAUCACCUACAAAGCCCUGAGCUCGCUGGACACCAGCGCUGACGUCACCACCCAGAGAGGACGGGUGUUCAAGCUGAGGAACGAGACCCACCACCUGUUCGUGGGCCUCUACCCAGGAACCACCUACUUCUUCACCCUCAAAGCCUCCACCAGCAAGGGCUUCGGCCCGCCCGUCACCACGCGGAUCACCACCAAGAUAGCUGCCCCCAUGAUGCCGGAGUACGAGUCUGAGACCCCGCUGAACGAGACGGAGACGACCAUCACCAUCCUGCUGAAGCCGGCCCAGUCCCGCGGAGCUCCAAUCAGCUCCUACCAGCUAGUGGUGAAGGAGGAGCGGAAGUCCAAGAGCCGCCGCGCAGCGUCCGAGGCCCCCGAGUGCUUCUCGGCGCCCGUCAGCUUCCGCAACGCCUCCAUCCUGGACUCGCCGUACUACAUCGCGGCGGAGCUGCCGCCGUCCAGCCUCACGGUGGUGCAGCCCUUCACGGUGGGCGACAACAAGAGCUACGGCGGCUUCUGGAACCUGCCGCUGUCGCCCGCCAAGAGCUACAGCAUCUACUACCAGGCCAUGAGCCGGGCCAACGGGGAAACCAAAAUCAACUGCGUCCGCCUCGCUCGCAAAGUGGUAAUAGGUAGGGGACAAAUAACAACGCCGUACAUUCUAGUCAUCCCCAGCGAAGGUGCCUCCACCCAGGACUCGGACGCCAUGGAGCCGGAGAAGCAGGUGGACAGCACGGUGAAGAUGGCGGGCGUGAUCGCCGGGAUCCUCAUGUUCAUCAUCAUCCUGCUGGGCGUCGUCCUCACCUUCAAGCGCAGAGAGAUUCACACGUGGAGAACUCUGAGCGUGGGGUAUUAUAGCAGCCAGCCGUCGCUCGCCCAGCCCUCCCUCAGCCUGCAGAGUUUUCCGUACGGAGGCUGCGAGUCGGUGGAGCUUUCCUACCAGAGCGGUCAGUUCCAGGCCGGACAGUUUCAGCCAGCGAUCCGAGUUGCAGACCUCCUCCAACACAUCACGCAGAUGAAAUGUGGACAGGGAUACGGCUUUAAGGAGGAAUACGAGGCCCUGGCGGAGGGACAGACGGCACCCUGGGAAACGGCCAAGAAGGAUGAGAACCGCAACAAGAAUCGCUAUGGCAACAUCAUCGCAUACGAUCACACCAGAGUCCGGCUGCAGCUGCUGGACGGAGACCCGCACUCGGAUUAUAUCAACGCCAACUACAUAGACGGAUACCACCGGCCCCGACACUACAUCGCUACGCAAGGGCCGAUGCAGGAGACGGUGAGGGAUUUCUGGAGGAUGGUCUGGCAGGAGAACAGCGCCUCUAUCGUCAUGGUAACCAACCUGGUGGAAGUGGGAAGGGUGAAGUGCGUCCGGUACUGGCCCGACGAGACGGAGGUUUACGGAGACGUCAAGGUGACGCUGAUAGAGACGGAGCCGCUGGCCGAGUACGUGAUCCGGACCUUCACCGUGCAGAAGAAGGGCCACCACGAGAUCCGUGAGCUGCGGCAGUUCCACUUCACGAGCUGGCCCGACCACGGCGUGCCCUGCUACGCCACCGGGCUGCUGGGAUUCAUCCGGCAGGUCAAGUUCCUCAACCCGCCCGACGCCGGGCCCAUCGUUGCCCACUGCAGCGCCGGCGCCGGCCGGACGGGCUGCUUCAUCGCCGUGGACAUCAUGCUGGACAUGGCGGAGAACGAGGGCGUGGUCGACAUCUUCAACUGCAUCCGGGAGCUCCGGUCCCAGCGGGUCAACAUGGUGCAGACGGAGGAGCAGUACGUGUUCGUCCACGACGCCAUCCUGGAGGCGUGUCUGUGCGGGAACACGGCCAUCCCCGUGUGUGAGUUCAGGGCCAUCUACUACAACAUCAGCCGGCUGGACCCGCAGACCAACUCCAGCCAGAUCAAGGACGAGUUCCAGACCCUGAACAUCGUGACCCCCCGGGUCCGGCCCGAGGACUGCAGCGUGGGGCUGCUGCCCCGGAACCACGACAAGAACCGCAGCAUGGACGUGCUGCCGGCCGACCGCUGCCUGCCCUUCCUCAUCUCCGUGGACGGGGAGAGCUCCAACUACAUCAACGCCGCGCUCAUGGACAGCCACAAGCAGCCGGCCGCCUUCAUCGUUACCCAGCAUCCCUUGCCAAACACCAUGGGGGAUUUCUGGAGGCUGGCGUUCGACUACAACUGCUCCUCCAUCGUCAUGCUCAACGAGAUGGACGCAGCGCAGUUGUGUAUGCAGUACUGGCCCGAGAAGAACUCGUGCUGCUACGGACCGAUCCAGGUGGAGUUCAUCUCCGCCGACAUCGACGAAGACAUCAUCAACCGCAUCUUCAGGAUCUGCAACAUGGCCCGGCCACAGGACGGCUACCGCCUGGUGCAGCACUUCCAGUUCAUCGGCUGGCCGGCCUACCGGGACACGCCGCUGUCCAAACGCUCCAUCCUGCAGCUGGUCCGACGGCUGGCCAAGUGGCAGGAGCAGUACGACGGGGGGGACGGGAGGACCGUGGUGCACUGCCUCACCGGUGGAGGACGCUCCGGAACGUUCUGCGGCAUCUGCAGCAUCAACGAGAUGAUCCAGCAGCAGAACAUCGUGGACGUUUUCCACACGGUGAAAACGCUGAGGAACAACAAGACCAACAUGGUGGAGACCAUGGAACAGUACAAGUUCUGCUACGAGGUGGCUCUGGAGGCCCUCAACUCCUUCUGACGGGCCCCGGAGUCCCGAAGCCCCGAAGCCUCGCCGCCCGCCGUUCCCACGGCAACGCUGGGACACAACGCUGCUCAGUCUGACCUGAAUCCUCCUGUGAGCAUGUGAGAGAGAGUGUGUGUCCAACACACACCUGUACAGACCAAGACACACACACGGCAUGUGUGUGUCGGGAACGAACCACGAGGACUUUCACGCUUUGUACAAAGAAAAAAAUUUAAAAUAUGUUUGAAAAGUAAGCGAGAUGUUUAAAGGAAGGAAGUGCCACUUUUCCUCCGUUCUCUCCGUCCUCCGAUGGGCUGUGAUGUAACUGUACAGUAUCUCCUUUUUAGAUAUAUUCUAAGCCUUGAAUGUCGUCUCCCUCUAAAAAGGCUGGAAGCACACUGGAAGAUUUCUAUUUAUUAUCCUUUUCUUUCUUUCUUUCUUUCUUUUUUUACCUCAAGGUCGCUGCAAUCGAAUCAAUAAAUGUUCUAUGAACUGUUAGCAGCGGGUGCAAGUGUGAAAUCUGACGUCCUUUUCUCCAAAACUUCAGCCGGACAAGAUCGUUGAUGUUUUGAGACGUUUUUACAAGAAAAAAGCAUCAAAGUACAAAAAGUCGGAUCAAAAGCAGAAGGAGAACAGAGAUGUUACCCGUUACGUUGAAGGCCAAAACGUUGUUGCUUCUCGUGUUUUCACCGGAUCAAAAUGUUCUUUGUGAGGCGUUGUGAUCUUGCAGUGUGCGUCCACCCCGUCUGUAAAUAAGAGAAAACAACCACAGUCAAACAAACAAACAACAACGGUUCUGAGGAGCGUUGGACUCAUUUUUCUGGGAUUUUAGUUUGAAAACUGGUACAUUUUUUACCAGCCGUCCUUUUGAAAGGUGGAGGUUUGUUUUCUCUGGCCUUUUCCUUCACUGUGAACGUCAGGCCGUCCGCCGCCGUCGCCUUUGUGUCAAUCCUUAAAGAUAAAAGACAGAAUCCAACGAUCCUUUCAGAAUAAAAUACCCAACAUGUCACUUUUUCAACUAUCCUUUCAGAAUAAAAUACCAAACAUGAUGUCACUUUUUUUUUUUUGCAGAAAAGUGCUGUUUUAAUUUAUAUUGUCCUCACAUCUGCAGUAUGAUGACGAGUAUUAGGGCCAAAAUUGGAAAUUACGAGACUAAAGUCAUAAUAAUAUGAGUAUAAAGUUGUCAUAUUACCAGAAUAAAGUCAUAAUGUUGCAAGAAUAAAGUCGUAAUACGAUGAGAAUAAAGUCGUAAUACGAUGAGAAUAAAGUCAUAAUAUUAUGAGAAUAAAGUCGUAAUAUUAUGAGAAUAAAGUCAUAAUAUUAUGAGAAUAAAGUCGUAAUAUUAUGAGAAUUAAAUCGUAAUAUUAUGAGAAUAAAGUCGUAAUAUUACAAGAAUAAAGUUGUAAUAUUACGAGAAUAAAGUGGUAAUUUAUGAGAACUCUAAUAGGAAGAGCACAUGCGUCUUUUGUGGAAGAGGAGCUGUCUGGUAUAGUAUAGUAUAGUAUAGUAUAGUAUAGUAUAGUAUAGUAUAGUUCCAUCUACUUCCAUUCAAAGAGGUUUUGUUGCUUCUCAGGAAACAAGGAGGAUGAUCAUAAAGAUUUUCCUCUUCCACAAAAGACGCAAUUUCUUCCAAGUCUUUGUGGUUCUUUCUGUCGAAAUAGACGCAGUCGUUUGCACAAUCGUUUUAAAGUCUUUAUACUGAUAAUAAUUCCAUGAUGAUGUGCCAAAAGAUUAAGUAUUUCCUUAUUUGUGAAACUGAUACCAAAAUACAAGAUGCUCAAUAUUCCUCAUUUUAACACAGGGAGAAGAAGCUCUUCCUGUUAGAGUUCUCAUAAAUUACCACUUUAUUCUCGUAAUGUUAUGACUUUAUUCUCUCAACAUUAUGACUUUAUUCUCAUAAUAUUACUGCUUUAUUCUCGUAAUAUUACAACUUUAUUC